AUGAGACAAGACAAGACAACAUUCAACCCAGAUAAUUAUUGUCUCGUCUAUGAAGAGGUAAUGACAUGCCAAGAAACAAGAAAUAUCUUUAAAGAAUUCUUGAAGGAAAACAUGGCGGAAGAACCACUUCUUUAUUUGGACGAAUGUGAAAAGUAUAAAGUGGAAUAUGCCAAGUUGAAAGAGAAAUUUCACGGUUUAUCUUUGAUGGUUAAAAGAAGUAGUAGUGUAGGAAAUGUUUCUGAUUUGGGAAACGAGACAAGUGGCAAGGAAUGGGAUAAAAAUCAGUUGACUAAAUUAUUUGUGAAUUUAAAAGGAAUUAUUGAUGAGUUUAUUGUGGAAGAGGCAACUAAGGAGUUGAAUUUGAGUUCGGUUAGGCAGUGGACGAUAAUGGAGUGGCAGAUAAUAGAAGCAAUGAUGAACGGAUUCGAACAGGAUUCGUCCAAUUUGGAACUUUCGAAUAAUUUGUAUAGGAAACUGGAUAUUAAUGUGCUGUUUGAAAAGGUAGAUUUAGUGGUUAUGAUAGAUUUGAAAAUGGAUCAAUUUCCUCGAUUUAUUCGUUCAAAUUUAGCUCGAAAAUUUCUAUUAGAAAAGGGAGAACAUUUCACAUGA